AUGGAGUUCACCCUCACCAAGCACAAGCUCUGGCGCUCGUGCGCGCGUAAGCUCGUCAUCCUCGGCGACGAGGUGCUCACGCUCGACGGCAACGGCCGCACCACCAACAAGCUCGACUUGCUCCGGCUCGAAAUCGAGGACGGUCCUGGCGACACCUUCACAAUCCAGGAGCGCGCGGAGGGCGCGUGCGGCCUGCCAAACCUGCUCGGACCGCGCAUCUUCCACUUCAGCGCCGCCCGCAAGCCCGAGGUGCUCGCCGCACUCCAUAAGCGCGACAUCUUUGCGGCGCGGCUGUCGGUGGAGCCGCGCUCCGGCGGCUCGUCGCCCUCCGCUGUCGGCGCGCCACCCGUCGCCGCGUCGCCCGACGACGCGGCCACUCCGCGCGCCGAGGCGGCGGCGUGUCUCGCCGAGGCGGUGGAGGCCAUCCUUCGGCCGGACGGGUCGUCGCCCGGGCUGCUCGGUUGCGGCCUACUCGGGGCCGAGGGCCUCGCGAGAGCGGAGGCGCACAACGCCCUCUUCCGAAAGGGCCUCGCCGCCAACGCCUCGGGCGACUCCGCCUCGGCCGCGCUCGACCCGCGGCCGACCACCAUCCUCUCGCACGCGUGCUACUCGCGCCUCCUCGCCGAGGGCAGCCUGACCGCGAAGGCGCGCGCCAUCGCAGCAGAGGUCGAUGGAGCGCCGCUGGCGAUCUCCCCAUCGAUCUCCUCGCCGGCCGCCGCCACCUUUGCCGAGCCCGCCGCCGCCGAGGGCGGCUCGCAUGGGGAGGAGGGCGGCGGGGCCGGCGACACGCCUCGCUACCGGCGCGCCUCCUCCUUCGGCGACCACCGCGCCGUCGAGCCGCGCAUCCACAGCAGCCCUCGCGUGGGUGGUCAAGCCCUCGUUUCAUCUUAG